CUGAUAAGCGGCAGUGGUUGGAGGUUGGUUGGAGGUGGGAAUGCAGUCAGAAGGAGUACAAGGGACUACCAACACAUAGUGUUUUGUCUGUUAAUCGCCUACCAGGUUGUCGCAGUCUGUGGUGUUUUCGGAUCAACUAUCACAUUCUCAGUUUGUAGAUCUCAGAUCUUUAAAACUUAGAGCCCGUGUUUGACCCAUUUGUCGACUGGUUUAGACACCUUGUAAUCAUCAACCACGACACCUUCUAAACACCACAUCCUCAUCACUAUCGCUAUCACUAUCGCUAUCGCGAUUUUCUUAUCUCUCACCUUAAAUUCUCGGACUCUCGCACAUCUUCAACCUUCAAAAUGAUUACCACCUUCAAAUCCAAUACCAAAAACACUCCGGAGGUUCCGCUGCCGUUCUCGUGCUCCAUAUGUAAGCGCACCUUCACCCGCCUGGAAAACCUUAAACGUCACGAGAAACUUCAUCUCCAUCGAAAGUAUGUGUGUCCACAUUGUGGACGGGUCUACUCACGCAGCGACUCGCUCCUGGCCCACGCCAAAAAAGUCCACCGCCUAACUGUCUCGUCCGUCAAGGCCAUUGAGGGACUCCAACUAUCGGACUCCAAAUCACAAACUCAAGACCACUUGAGCAUCUUGGAGAAUCUCAAGUCGCUUGACGAGCUUAAGAAAACGCUCGAAGAACUUCGUGCUCUCAAGGGCCUCAGCGUCCGUCAGGACCUUCAGUCCAUACCACCCGAACCGGCCAAUUCUCCGUUGCAAAACACCCCACCACAAUUGAUUAACGACUGCCUCCACCAGUACUGGACCAAGUUCGACCCGUGCUUCCCCAUUGUCCACCGCGGUAGCUUUGUGCUUCCGGACAGCUAUGACGACGACUGGUUGGUCAAUGUCAUGUGUGCCAUCGGUGCUAGGUACCUUCCCGAACACCGGCACCUUUCGUGUCAACUCUAUGAGUACAUCACCAACAAGCUGGACCCGUUUCCAGAGCAUCCCCAGCUCCAGGAGCUCCAGGCCAUCUUGUUGGUAAUAUAUAUCGGCAUAUACUCUGGGGACAACAGUUGGUUCAAAAAAUCCUUUCGCAUCUACUCACGAUUAGUCGAGUUCUGUCGAGAAUCGGGACUUUUCCAGUUUAAUCCCCACGAUAACUGUGACAAGGACUGGAACUCUUUUGUGCUUACAGAAGGCCGUAAAAGGUUUGCGUACGGACUUUAUUUGUUUGAUUCCCAAUCGGCUGUGCUCUUUAAUUACCCACCGUCUCUCUCGCACUAUGAAAUCAAGCACAAACUUCCGUGCUGUGAGUCCCUUUGGGAGGCAACCACCGGUUCUGAGUGGCAGCUGCGUCUCCACUACCUGCCAUUGACACAGAUCCCCCAUUUCUUCAAAGGCUUGCAAGAGGUGUUGAUGUUUGGGCUGAUAUCAGGCACCAUUCUGUCGUUUGGUGCGAUGAUACUCUUGCUGGCCGUUCAUAUCAUGGUGCGUAACAUGGCACAAUACGCUGGGUUUCAUGCUGGGUUUAAGGAAAUGUCCUCCUUCCAUGUCCAGGAUGCUUUUACUCGCAGGUCACAGUUGGGGUCUGCUUUGAACUGUUUGCGGUCAUUACUUCCGAAGAAACUAGAGCCUCACGACAUCUUCGACAUGUGGGACGAGUUUUCCGUCACCUGGAACCUUGCAUACAUUCACCUUCAUCUCCCAGACACCGUGAUAACAUCGGGAGUGGUGGAAGUGACGUUGAAUGAAACAAUUGCAACCGCCUCGGCCCUUGCCAGACCCCAGCCAAAAUCGCCUCCAGGAACAGCCUUGUUGAGCAACGACUUCAGCAAAAGUGUCUACCAGGUGCUAUCCCUAACUGCAAGCCACAUAGCAUAUUUCCUCGAGACAUUCAUGGUGGACCAGCUUGAAACGUCUCCUGUGUUCACAUUCAUGUUCUACAAAGCGGCAUUAGUAGCAUGGCAGAUCCUCAAUGCUUUCAAGAACGUAAGUUUGGACGGGUCCAAGCAAGAGGAAAAGACUCCAGAGGAGUUAUUUGGUGCUCCCAUCAGCAACGCCCAAAAGGAUUAUAUGAUGAAAAGACUUGUAGAUGAUAUGUUGAGCCGCAUCCAAUCCGAGCGAUACGAAGACAUUCGAACUGGGUUUUUCGAGAAGUGGGUGGAGUCGGUGUUGGAGUCGAAGUCUACCUGGGGUGUUGGAGGGUGUGCAGCGGCGUCCUUUACGUCAUUGGUAUCGGAUCCCAAUUUAUAGAGAGUGUGUAUAUAUAAUGUAAGAUAUGGAUU